CAACACAUCACCAAAUAUGGCCGCUGCGGGGCGUGGGACCUGUGGUUUGCUGUGAGUGUUGGUGGAGGAGAGCAGUGGAUGCACCGCCAAGUGCGCACGGGGGAAUCCAGGAACCUUACGCUUUGAAGAAAACAUGCAAGACUACUCCGGGCACAGAGACAGAGUAUGUGACAGACAUCAACAGAGGGUGUAACAAACGGCCAGAACAACAUCCCACGUUCAGUAUCAAAGACGUUUAUUGACCUGGCUGGACUAAAGAAAAAACGUCCAUCUCUUCCCUGAGUUUGACAUCCUACCAUGCCUCCAGCCACGUGUCCCACCCCCCAGCUGCUGUGGGUGCGUAUUGCAGCCCUUCUGUUCACCUGCGUGGCCUUCAGUGUUGCAGCACAUGGAGCCUAUCUACCCCACGGGGGCAUGGCUGACUGGUGCAUCUUCUGCUGGGCGUUCAGCUUUGCCUGCACCCUGCUGGUCCUCCUGGUGGAGCAGUUCAGCCUCCAAGCCCAAGCCCUGGUGUCCUGGUCCAACUUCCCCAUCACAGUCGCCUGCUACGCCGCCCUCCUCUGCCUCUCUGCCUCUGUCAUCUUCCCGGUCUUUUACCUCAAGGAUAUGUUGUUCUAUAACAGCAUUCGUGAUUAUCGCAUCACCUCCACUGUCUUCUCUUGCCUGGCGGCGGUAGCCUACAUGGCGGAGCUUACCCUGACCAAAGCCAGGCCAGGAGAGAUUUCAGGUUACAUGGCCACAGCUCCAGGUCUGUUGAAGGUGUGCCAGACCUUCGUGGCCUGCAUAAUCUUCAUCCUGGUGAGCAACCCUGUCUCAUACGACUCCAACCCAGCACUUCAAUGGUGCAUGGCCGUGUACUGCAUCUGUUUCAUCAUCUCCAUGGCUAUAGUGGUGAUGUGUGUGGGCGAGUGCACCGGCCGCCUACCAGUACCAUUUUCCAAGUUCUUGUCAGCCUACGGACUCCUGGCGGUUCUGAUGUACUUUACUGCUACCAUCAUCUGGCCCAUUUUCCAGUUUGACAGACGGUACCAAGGUAGAGGCCAUGCGUCGUCAAAACAGAUCGCUGUGGCGGUGCUAACUGCCCUCAACUUCCUGCUGUACCUCGCUGACCUAGCGUACUCUGCCAGGCUGGUGUUUGUCAGUGGCUGAGAGUGAAAAAGAUGAAGAUGCACUGAAUGGGGAAGAACAGAGAGAGCUUGGAUGGCUUUGUUUCAAAGUGUAGCUGAUGUUGAAUGUCUUUAAUUGCGGUCUAACUGAGCAUAUUUAAAGAGCAGCCAUUUGAAUCUGAUGUCAUGCUAAGGGUUGCUAAAUUCGUCAAAAUGUCAUACUGCUGUGUUCCAUGUUUAUAUAUACAACUUAUCAGCCACUGAAAGGACAAAAGAUAAUGAAAGUUCACAACACCGCUUAUUUCUUUGCAUCACUGUUUAAGUCACAUCCUGCGAUUGGGUGAACCAAAUAUAUCCCUGGCUAGCAGAAAUUAUAGCUAGCUAACAUUAGCAUUCGAUGGUGUAAUACAAUACAAUAAGGGAACCUGAAUUCCAGACUUACAGUUAGCUAAGAUUUUACGUAUGGAUACUUAUUGGCAAGCCUACUUUUUAGCAGUGGUGUAUAAAGUACUUGAAAGCCUUUAGGGGUGCAACGGAUCAAAAAACUCACGGUUCCGAUUGUAUCAUGGUUUUGAGUCAUGGAUCGGAUCACUUUUCGGAUUAGGAAGAAAAAAAGAAAAAAAGAAAGAAGACAAGUCAUAUAUAAAAUGGUCCUCUAUUCCUUUUGUAAAACACUUGUAAACUUUUGCCCUUUAAAUAAAAACAGCAUUCAACUCAAAAUUUACUGCAUGUGGAAAGCCCCCUAUAUGUGGGCCCAGUCCUGCCUCAUUCAUUGCAUUUCAUGGCAUGGCAAGUGAAGGAGCAGAGGAACUUCAAAACUUUCACUCCAUUCUUCUUUCAAUCGUUGAUUUUCACCGUCCACUUUUAUUUGAGCUGCAAACUUGGAACACACCGUUUUCGUGCAUUCUAGGGUCCUACAGCUGGCAAAGUGCCAAUAUGCGAACUGCUCCAUAAACGAAAGUGAAAGUUAAAAAUUGCACUUGCAGCAUUGGACUCUAAGUGACCCAGUAAAAGCCUGUCUGCGUAUCGUUGACAUGGAGACAAGUCUCGGUAAACGAGCGGUGACCCGACCAAAACACAGAGUGAAGGGAUAACAGUUCGGGGGCCACAAAUACGCGGCUGGAUGCGGCCUGUGGGUCGCCUAUUGUGGGCCUCUGAUCUAGUGGGUGCAAGACGGAAUUUUUAUAACGUGGCUCAAGCACAUUCAGCAUUCACUAUAUUUCACAGGGAAACCAAAUUGCUCCCAUACAUGUGACAUAAAAGAUGCAGGAGGGUUUCCAAGUUCCUCUGCCCCUUCACUUGCCAUGACUACCGCUGCGCUUGACGAGUGAGUGUGGAUUGAACAUGCACAUUUCAUCAACCAAUCCGCGGACCAAUCCGUGCCGAACCGUGGAGAACAAUCUGUACGGAUCACGGAUCAACGAUGAUCCGUUGCACCACUAAAAGCCAUACUUGAGUAAAAGUAAAGAUAUCUUACUUGAAAUCUACUCAGGUAAAAGUGAAAGUCACUCAUUAAAAAAAACACUUGAGUAAAAGUCUUAAAGUAGCCCAAAUUAAAUGUACUAAGUAUCAAAAGUGAAAAUACAAAGAAACAAAACAGCUAGAAAUAGUUGUUUGUCUCUUUGACGGUGAGUUUUGGAACGCCCAUUAUUUCGCUGUUUUUCGGCAAACACAGGAGGCGUUUCAUCCUGUAGGAUGAAUCUUUCAUCCCCAAAAAACGGAAAGGUUUUUCAGAUAUAGCCACGGGUGUCCGUCUUCUCCUGAAGCACAACUAGCAGGUGGUGGUGUGGCGGUGUCUCCAUAAUCGCCAGUGGACGAGGCUGCUCCCAUCAUGCUGUUGAGACGGACGAAUAUUCACAGGCUGUGUGUAAUCCAUACAUCAUGAGACAAUCAUAUUCACAUUUUAUUUUGUAGCAUGUAACGACGGUGACAAUAUAAACGUAGCGGAGUAAAAGUAAAAGUGAAAGUUGCAAAAAAUAUAGAAACUCAAGUAAAGUAUAGAUACUCCCAAAACCUACUUAAGUACUGUAACAAAGUACUUUUACUUUGUUCCUUUACACCACUGCUUUUUAGCUUAGCCUCCUAGCUAGCAGGUAGACAAGCUAACCCUACUCAAGUAAGAAACAAGUUAAACUUUCAAACAUCAGCGUUAGCUAGGAAGUGGUUGAAUUCUACUGUCAGCUCCUGUAUUUGAGGUAACAAAUAAGAAUAAUUGUCCAGAUUUUCACAAUCUUGUUGUCUUUUCGGUUGCUGAUCACUUUGGAAGAAGUGAAAAUAUAUCUUAAACUCCCUAUUCUUAUACAAAGAAAGUAGCACCAGUAACACAGUAGCACAAAACCAAAACAGCCUUUAAGCUUCCAGUCCUGAAGUUGAUGUCAGAGGAAAAUUAGAAUAUGGUGAACCAACCCCAAGCCAAACCCCUCCCUCAACAGGGAUUGUCUGGUCAUAGCUUUAGCAUCCGGCUUGGCAAACGGAAGGCUACGUCAGGCUUAAUAUGUGUUCACUUGUCAAAGCAGUGUGUGCAUUAUACUCUGUUCAAAGAUGUUGGAGGCUUGGUUUUUUUAUUUUUAUUUACCCUCCAGAAAAAGGUGCUAAGAUUUGAGGAUUGGAUGGAACAGUGUGUUUAUCUGCUCUAAUGCUAGGGUUGCUAGUUUAGUAGUUACAUUUUACAAACACUGGUUCCAAAACCAAAUGUCACAUUUAUUGAUUAGAGUUAAAGCUGCUGUUGGUAGUCGUGAUAUGAACAUCAGUUCGAAGAGAGAUUUCGAAUAUCAACACUACCCCUCCUCUCUCUGCUCCCGUAACCCCGCCCACAAAAGAUCAUUGUGUGCAUUCCAUGAGGAAGUAGUGGCUUCCCAGCUCUAAUCAGGGAGACGUAGUGGGGCCGCCACUCGACCAAUCAGGACGGAGGAUUUGAGAUUAGCUCUGAUUGGUCCGUCAAAAUGGGAACGAGGGGAAUAAUAAAAUUGCUUGAUACAAAGGCAUUGGAAAACACAGAGAUUUCGCGAUAGUCUCAAAUUACUUCACUUACCGAUGAGUACCGAUGGGUAUUAUGACCUUUUCUCCAAACCCAGCAGAAAAAAAGUAAAGUUUUUUACACCAGUCCUACCAACAGCAGCUUUAACUACGUUAUGUGUCAUGUAACAGUGUUAUUUAGUAAAAGCUAUAUUCAUGAUUCACACAUUUUUUGCAUUAUUAUUUUUUAGCCAAAUGGAAGUUAGCCUUGGAUGAACAGAAGCUUUCCCACAGAAGGAGAAGUUUAAACUCCAGCAGCUUCUGGUAGAGUUGUUCAGGAUAACAAUAUUUCCGCCACAUAUAUUCUUACUGAAAGCAUUUUGCUGCAUUAAAAGUAAACAUAUUGCUUAACAGCUUCAUAGUGUUAUGUUAGAACAAAUUACAGUCGGGUCCUGCAAUUUCCUUAUCUGCUUAGUCGUAACAGCAGGACAGUGUCUCUAUAGUGUUGUACAAACACUGUCACUUUAUUUUCAUGCCUUCUGGAUCAGUCAUUAGCCUGUAAGACUGCUUGUUUUCUUUUCCAGGGACGUGUAGCAUUAGCCCAAUUUUCAACACAUAACAAUAUUAAGCAUUAAGGACAUAUUUAAUACCUUAAAUAGGUUUUUCUUUGAAAACAAGCCACCUAAGCACUUUGAAAAUUCAGUCAGUUUGCAUUUCAAUCGGACUCUUGAGGCAAAGAUUAGCUUCAUUAGCAAGCUAGCUACAUCACCGCCAAUAAAUUCUGCCACCAACAUUUGACAUUUCGGAUAGAAAUGUUGAUUACACUCUCUAAGGAUAUGAAGCCAGCUUUGUGAAUAUUAAUUUAUGGAAUAUUGGCAAGAGUUUGAGAUGAUAAAUACACCAUGUAAUUCUUGUAAACUGCUUUGUGGACGAGGCUCGAACAAUAAGCUUAAGAAGGCUUUCAAACUAUAACCAAUAGGAUCAGGAUUUAGGUUAAAUGGUUGAUUUUUAAAAUGUUUGUAUGAGAAAUUCUAUUAAUUAGAAAAACUCACGUUUGUUUAUGCCCAAAUAUCUGCAAUUCCAGUGCUUAUCUUCUAAUGUGAACUCAGCUGUGCUAAAUGUGCUUCACAACAGGCAGGGUUUUUAUAACAAUGUGAGGAAUAACAAAGUCAGAUUGUUAAGCUUUUAAUCCAAUAAAGUCAACACACUGGAAAAGCAAAUGAGUAGUUAUAUGAGAAAAAUUAUGAGUGAAUUUGUAAAAACAGAUAACUCAGUUUUUAUACAUUUAAAAAAAAAAAGAUACCUCUAAUUUGUAAUGUCAUUUUUACUUACUCAAAGCCAUCCAACUUCAGUUGAUUGAUAGUACCUAAAGCUAGUAAUAGAAAAAAUCUGUUUUUUAAACAAUUUGAAAAAUAAAAAAAUAUCUGUUAUUUUUUUUUGCAAAUGAACGCUUCAAAUGUUUUUAAUAUCUGAGGCACACAGGCACUCUUGUUGUUGAUAGGAUGGUUUCUUGGACUAAACUUGGGCACUGUAAUUACACCCUUACAGAAACAUGUGUUAGUACACUUCUUACUAACUUACAGCAUGUCAUUUAUGUUUUGGGAGACAAUGCUUAAGGCAUCCAUUUUUCUUGUUACCAGAGUAUCAGUGUUGUAACAUGUGAAAGAAUGUAGUGUUCAAUAAAGUUUUCAGUUAAAAAAUGUA